CAAGCACUUCCUGCAAUGAAACUGCAUGUACAGGAUUAGGAAAAUAUAAGGAAGUCAGCAACUGGAUGUAUCAGUUCACUUUGAUAUUUUUGUUUGCAAAUUGUAACGUAUCAGUAGGAAACUGAGAGAACCUAGUUUCCUGAGCAUGAUCCAUGAGUACCUGAGACCACUAUUUCAUUCCCUUUCGGUUCCGUGUGUCUUUCGUUUGUACCUCCGCAUUCCCUUCUUCCUUGGGCUUCAUAAUUGUUUUUGUUACAUACGAGGGGUAUUCAAGUCAAACCGGGACUUUUCAUUUUUUGCAAAAGUAAAAUGAACUUACAGGCGAGAAAUUAGUUUUAUUUUUCAACGUAAUCUCCAGCUGGGGGGGGGCACUAGUACACUUUUUCCCAGCGGUUCACGAGGGCUCGAAUGCCAGCAGCGUAGAAAUCCUUACCGGCGCGUAGUAGCCAUGAUCGGACCGCAUUCUUGACCUUGUCGUCGCAGCUGAAGUGGCGGCCCCCAAGGAACGCCUUCAGUCGCCUGAAGAGAUGGAAAUCGCUGGGGGCAAGGUCUGGACUGUAAGGGGGAUGUGGCAGCAACUCCCAGCCAAGUUCCUAUAAGGUGCGUGUCGUGAGAUGGGCGGUAUGCGGGCAUGCAUUGUCCUGUAGGAGGGGAACCCCUUUGGUGAUGAGGCCCGGCUUUCCGAAACUGGAGGUGUUCAUGAAUGAUAGUGUUCAACGUUCCCACACAAAGGCCCGUCUUUCGAGCCAGUUCGAGAAUGUUAUCCGUCGGUCCUUAAGGAUCAGGUGCUCCACAAGUUGGAUGUUCUCAGGAACUCUGACACUGGGCUCUGAGCCGCCCCGACCGGGAUCGUCCUGCACUGAUGGACGCCCGUCUCGGAACCGUUUGCACCACUCAAAUGUUUUGCUGCAGCUAAGUGUAUCGUGGCCAUACUGAGCCUGAAGUCAUCUGUGAAUUUCAGAUGACAUUACUCCUUCAUUCACGAGAAACUUCAUGACAAUUCGCUGUUCUUUGUGCGCGCUCACCUCGUUGUCGGCCAUCUCGUCCAGCACGUGUCUUCUGUUUUGCACAAACUUUGGACCACCACAUGGUGAAUGCGGAGGCCUGUCGCGUGUGAAAAUGACAAAAAAGAAGUAGCGCGAGCCAUUUGUACACUCAGGAGACAGAAAGUCCCGGUUUGACUUGAACGACCCUCGUACUUGGCUGUUGUGAUGGAAUAUACAUUGUAGUUUUGUUAAUUCAAACUCUUAGGGAAGUGAAUAUAAGGUUAAUAAAUCAGAGUUGGAACUAAAGGGAGCCACUCUGAAUAAGGGCAUUCGCAUUGCAUAUACUAGCUGAGUCUGAGACUUGUUACCUGCUAAGUCUUACCGCACAUUGGCAGGAUGGCAAAAAUAUGUUUCUUUACAGAAUAUUUAUUUACGGGAAAGCAUCAAAACACCUUGCAGUAGUAAAUGACCACGGUUGCCUUUUGUUCUUCAGCUGCAACUCCACAAAUGUUGUUUGUGAUUGAAAAGAAACAUUGGAUCGUCGUUUUCUCGUUUGCAACAGGUUAAAACAGCGAGACUCGUUUGCUUUACUGCUUCGGCCGAGAAUCGUUAUGGACUUAUUGCAGGAAUGGACUAAUGGAUAUACUUCAGCAACGAUGCCGCGGCCUUUUCGAACUGAAAAAACAAGAAAAGCAAAAAAUGCGCUAUCUUCCUAGUAACUUUAAGACAAUCUCCGAAUUUACGAACCAAAGUUAGUUAAAAAUAUGCACCUUUUAAAAUAUGUUUUACGAAAAUGACUUUUUCGAAACUGAGCACUACGGCUAUCUAUAUUCUACCACCAUCCGACUACUUCAGCGGCACCAACAACGAACACGAAAAUUAAUAGAAAUGCAAAACGAAAUCCUAAUUACUUUACAGCCUUUUUUUGUGUAUUUCGAACGCAAUUAAUAAACGUACGGCAGACAACACAAACAUUUGGCAGACAAAAAAGCUAAAAAUAUACGAAACAACAUAGCAGACGACACAUAAGCGGCCGUUUUGAAACGCGAACUUGCGAAAUGAGUGGAAAAAUGAACCUGUUCAUGCUAGGCCGUGUGCUCACGGACACCGACACAACUGUAUCGUGGAUUCACUCCAAAGAUCUCCUACCCAACAACAUGAACUGCCCCCGCUGCGGACGUGAACUAAGCGUGAAGCCGUCGCAGCGUACAUUCGGACAAUUCCGAUGUCGUCACGGCCAUGCCCAGUUCUCACAGUCUGUUACUGUGGGAACAUGGUUCGAGAACAUGAGACUCGCACCAGAACAAGUCCUGAUUCUUACGUACUGUUUCGCCAAAAAAAUGACUUUUCAGCAGGCCCUCGACGAGGCCUCCAUGAUUCCGGAGGUAAGUGUAUCGUCAGCUACCGUUGCAGACUGGUACUCGUACUGCCGAGAAGUCUGCACGGACUCGCUGGCCAAUGUGCAAACUCAGAAAAUCGGCGGUCCUGGCCACGUUGUGGAAAUCGACGAAUGUAAAAUUGGUCGUCGCAAAUACCAACGUGGCCGUAUCGUCGAAGGGACAUGGAUACUGGGGCUGAUUGACGUUGACACUAAACAACUGUGCCUGGAAAUAUGCCUGCAAAACAAAAGAGACAAGGAGACACUCCUUGCCCUCAUUGACAAGCACGUCGAAAAGGGCACAACCCUUUACACUGACUGCUGGAAGGGGUACGCCGGUCUGUCAGCAGAAGGUUUCCAGCACAUGAUGGUCAACCACACAUACAACUUUGUUGACCCAGACACCGGCGUGACCACCAACCACAUUGAAUCUCAGUGGAGACCACUACGGCAUAGGUUGGCCAGAGGUGGUGUGACAAGUGAAAACAUGGCACACCACCUCAGUAAGUACCUUUGGAGGACUGACUGUAGCAACAAAAAUGAGCAGCCUUUCGAAAGGCUGCUAAACGACAUCAAGAGUCUCUACAGUCCUCAACAGGGCUCUUAAAGCUUUCCAUGGACCUGCAUGUAUAUAUUUGUAAAUACGUUUCAACUACAACGACCCUCUUCGGCAACACAUAUGCUCAUUCCUAUUUAAUGCAUACUCUAACUGUAUACCUACUCUACAUUGACCAUUCCACAACAUGUGGAAUAGCACGUAUUAUCCUGGCCUAUCCUAACCUCAGUGACCCCAGAUGCACAGUCUACGUCAGCCCCAUGAACACAUGGAAUACGUAUUCACUUGGCCUAACCUAACCUCAGUCACGUCGGAUGCAGUCUACAUCAGCCGCAUUGACACAUGGAAUACGUAUUCACUUGAGCUAACCUAACCUCAGUCACGUCGGAUGCACAGUCUACAUCAGCCCCAUCAACACAUGAAAUAUGUAUUCACUUGGCCUAACCUAACCUCAGUCACGUCGGAUGCAGUCUACAUCAGCCCCAUCGACACAUGGAAUACGUAUUCACUUGGCCUAACCUAACCUCAGUCACGUCGGAUGCACAGUCUACAUCAGCCACAUCGACACAUGGAAUAUGUAUUCACUUGAGCUAACCUAACCUCAGUCGCGUCAGAUGCACAGUCUACUUCAGCCCCAUCGACACAUGGAAUACGUAUUCACUUGGCCUAACCUAACCUCAGUCACGCCGGAUGCUCAUUCUACAUGGACCCACUCUUCAACAUGUGCAAUACGUAAUCACCUAACCUAACCUAACCUAACCUUAGUCACGCCGGAUGCUCAUUCUACAUGGACCCACUCUUCGACAUGUGCAAUACGUAGUCACCUAACCUAACCUAACCUCAGUCACGUCGGAUGCACAGUCUACAUCAGCCCCACCGACACAUGGAAUACGUAAUCACUUGGCCUAACCUAACCUCAGUCACGCCGGAUGCUCGUUCUACAUGGACCCACUCCUCAACAUGUGCAAUAUGUAAUCACCUAACCUAACCUGACCUCAGUCACGCCGGAUGCUCAUUCUACAUGGACCCACUCUUCGACAUGUGCAAUACGUAGUCACCUAACCUAACCUAACCUCAGUCACGUCGGAUGCACAGUCUACAUCAGCCCCACCGACACAUGGAAUACGUAAUCACUUGGCCUAACCUAACCUCAGUCACGCCGGAUGCUCGUUCUACAUGGACCCACUCCUCAACAUGUGCAAUAUGUAAUCACCUAACCUAACCUGACCUCAGUCACGCCGGAUGCUCAUUCUACAUGGACCCACUCUUCGACAUGUGCAAUACGUAGUCACCUAACCUAACCUAACCUCAGUCACGUCGGAUGCACAGUCUACAUCAGCCCCACCGACACAUGGAAUACGUAAUCACCUAACCUAGCCUAACCUAACCUCAGUCACGCCGGAUGCUCGUUCUACUUGGACCCACUCUUCAACAUGUGCAAUACGUAAUCACCUAACCUAACCUAACCUCAGUCACGCCGGAUGCUCAUUCUACAUGGACCCACUCUUCGACAUGUGCAAUACGUAGUCACCUAACCUAACCUAACCUCAGUCACGUCGGAUGCAGUCUACAUCAGCCUCACCGACACAUGGAAUACGUAUUCACUUGGCCUAACCUAACCUCAGUCACGCCGGAUGCUCGUUCUACAUGGACCCACUCUUCAACAUGUGCAAUACGUAAUCACCUAACCUAACCUAACCUCAGUCAUCCCGGAUCCUCGUUCUACAUGGACCCACUCUUUGACAUGUGCAAUACGUAAUCACCUAACCUAACCUAACCUCAGUCACGCCGGAUGCUUAUUCUACAUGGACCCACUCUUCGACAUCAGUACCUAAUUAACCUGGGAAAAGAUGCACUCCCUCCACAUCCAGGUGUUGCUUUUUACUUGAAUUUGUAGCAUUUAUUUCAAUCUUCCAACAUAAAAAGUUAUAUUAAACAAAAACGACGCAACCCUACCAUACCUAAAACACUUCUCGUACGACUACAUCCGAUAAGGGACGAUUAUUAACCUCUCCGUACCCAAUACGCGUCUCGUGCGACUAUAUCGGAUAGCAGACGACUAUGCGACAUAUAGCCGAUCGCCGACCACUCGCCCGUAUGCACUCAUAUCGUCUGGCAACAAUGACAACGUGCCAAAAUCGCCAAACGCUAAUUCCACACCUAUCCGUCUGCCGCGGCAUCGUUACUAAAGUACAACCCAAGUAUAUUCCAACUAAUGAACAUUGAGUACAGAAUACACCUGCUUCCAGUAGGCUACGAGACUGACAAGCACCUACUCCUUUAUUGUCCCUUUAUAGCAACAUAGUCCUAACAGUUGUGAUUUCGAGAGUAUGCCUGUUAUAAUAUUUUGCCAUUAAAUAAGCCCGUGUUUGCUUAAUAUAAAAACAAUUACAAGAAGUUGCGCACACCCUAAAGUCAAGCACACUCCACAAUGCACUGUGGGUAUCUUGAAGGGGGAAGAGCAUUGUCGUCUGCUUGCUGUAGUCAACCACGCUCAUGUGGCACAAGCAUCAUCUACUGCAACUAUUGGCCGAUCAAAUGGGUGUCUCUCUCAAUCAUAUAUCCACAAUAUCUUGCCCUGACCACUCGCGACACGUCUUAUUGGCCCGACCUCUUGGAACACAAAAUUUGAGUACAUGACAGAGAAAAUACAGUGGAAAAUAAGUGGAAUUCCAGGGGAAUUAAAAUAUUGUUCCAUUUAUCAGAAAUUUCAUUUAAGCAAAGUAUGCAGAUUUCAUGAAAUACAAUUUUAGCUAAAGGGAAUCAAUUUCCACUACUGUGGGUAGCAAGGGAAAAGAAUUGAUGGCUGCUCUCUUUGCAUUUUAUGAUUUUCUUCUUUUUUUUUUACAAGAUGCCAGAAACUGUGAAAAAAAUUCCUGCACACCUCAAUUGUCUAGAAUGAGGUUUAUCUUUCCGUUCUGCCGGGCACAGUGCGUAUCCGCAUCCAGGUUUCAGAUCUUGCCAGUCAGUAUCAUCCAAAUCCUCAUUCAAUGUGCAGCCUGCUAUGACGACAGUGAUCACUUUGGCAUAUCAAAUUUCACGGUUUCUAUUUUUAUUUGCUCUCACGAUCAUGUACCCAAAUUAUUCGCAACAUUCACGCGAGCGAAACCACUUUAUGUGGCUGUUUCUUGACAGACUUCAUGAAGACACAUGAACAUGGUACGACUGAUUGAUUAAUUGGAUUUCACAAACCAUGUCUUAGGCCUAUGGCCUUCCAGGUUCGGCAGUAUCUUGGUACCUCCACUUUGUUCUGCUUACUCUAAGUACACAAAACAAGCUGUUUCAUUGCAUAUUAUUGCAUAUAUAGGAAACCAAUCAAAGGUUGUUCCAUCUAUCUGUAAUUUACGUUUCACCGAGUCUCGUCUAGUGGGAGUCCACUGUAUAGCGCACAACGAGAACCCGGAAAAGCAACAACUUUAUUUUGAGACUGUACCCCGUUGGUGAUGCGGGGGUCACGUGACUAGAGACGGACCUUUCGCCCAAAAAGUGCGGUGAGCUCCCUUUCACCCACAGGGCUCUGACAAAUUUCCCUCUUUGGGUUGGUGCAAAAAAAGCUCGAUCCUGUACAUUCCGAUUCCUUCCUUGGUGUGGUCCUGGACUCAGACCUGCGCUGGGCUUGCCACAUUAAGCACCUUGAAAGCAAAGUGCAGCAAUGACUUCCUACAAUUCAACAUCUUUCUGGCUUAGGAUGGGGCUGUGAUCAAUGCUCCCUUCUAGCCAUUCAUGUGGCUUUGGUGAGGGCGACAUUGCUUUUCAGCCUCCCAGUUCUUGCGCAGGAUUUUCACAAAGUCAUUCAAUACCCUUCGGACACUGAAACAGUGUCCGAAGGGUUUCCCGGAAAAGGAAGUAACUGCUAUUCCCAAGACACCUGAAUAUGAUGGUACGCUAUUUUUUGGGCCAUCCCGGUCCUGGCCAGUGGCAUAGCCACACCUCCAAGGUAUGGGGGCUCGAUACGAAAACUUGCCCCCCCCCCCCCCCCCCUUCCCGCUGAUCCUAGGUGCGACAACACACGCAUACAUGUGCACACCGCAAAAUGCGGUUGAAAAAAAAAAGAACGAGAAUAAUUGAUUUGGACGUUCACAAUACAAUUAGAUGUAUAUAGGCUGUCAUGACCAAUGAGGUGGUGUCACGAGAUUGGAAGGAUUUUGAAAAGCUCAUACUUUGAAAACCAUUCAAGAGUGCUGUUUAGAUAUAGACGCCAUGAACUGUAAGAACUUUCGCGAUCGUCACAGUGGUCCCCCCCAUAUAUUAUUUUCUCCUCGGAUUUGCACGAUUUCCGUGGGUUGGUCCGUGGCAGGUAGGGGGGGCUCGAGCCCCCCCCCCCCCCCUAGCCCCCUGGUCCUGGCAUUCUGAAAUGAAACCCAACUGUCCUCCGAACAUCUGAAGCCCAACCGACCUGAGUCCGUCAGAGAGUGUUGCUGGGAUGCACUGAGAUGACGCUGGCAGAGCAGAGCUUCCUUCCAUGUACGCUAUACAUCUUGAGAAGUAGGUAGAAAUUCCCGACGUUGGUUAAAAGAGGUAUCUCGGACAAUUGCGCGGGAUCAACACGUAACAGAAUGUGUAGUGUUGUCUUUUUCUGGUUCAGUGUCUCAGGUUUUAUCGCCGUUUUUACAAUGUAACAGUAUGUAGGUAGGGAACAACAAACUGCUGAUCAAUCAUUUCCAAAUUUUUGAUCAUGAGGCCAACACUAUCCAAAUAUGAAAUUCUUCUUUCCCAACCCUUUCCUUUGUGUGUCACAAAAUUCCCACGUAUCGCGAGUCACCCCACUCUGACAACACAGCUACCUUGAGAGAUCCACGCAAACAGGGCAUUGAAAAUGUCGUUUGCAUGCACAAUUUUAAAGAAGCAUGGAAGUGACCCCAAAAAUAUUUGUUUUUCGCUGCAAUGGCUCCUGUGAAAAAACGAUGAGCGCAGUAACCUACAGAGCAUGCGCAAGGCUCUGUUCAGCACACAUUAAAAAAAACCUCUCCACAUCCAAAGAGCGCAUCGGCGAAGCAGAAGAUGACGUGACGUAUCACAGGACUCCGGCACAGCUCAAGCAAUUAUAAGCGGAGCGUAAGCCAAGAAGAAAAAACAGAAGGCCCUGGGCAGUUUCUCGUACGAGACUGCUUUCACAGACUGUCUUUGGUAAAUUUUAUUGUGCGGUGACGAUAAGUCGCAGAACGAAAAUAUUUUGCGUGAUGAUUUUUUUUUUUUUAAAUUCCGUGUUAGCGCCGCGAAGCAACUGUGGCUAUGAGCGGCGUAUAGACAUGGACAGAUGAAGAGAGGACAGCAGGAAGGAGUGGGGGACAGGGGGGUUAGUAUGCGUCCUGGGCCGACUUCAAGGGGAACUGUGCUGACAUUCGUCUGGAAAGUCUUCGGAAAACCCAGGGAAAACCUCAGACAGCACAGCCGGUGACAGGAUUUGAACCCGUGUCACCUCCCAGUCUCGGCGUGGAAAGCGAUCACUCUAACCACUAUGCCACGGGAGCUGGUUUUUGCGUGAUGAUUCCGCGACUCCUUGUGGACAGCUUCACAGAUAGAAGCAGGGUUUUGAGUCAUGUCAAAGGUCACUUUCAUGCUCCUUUAAUACGGUUUCAAGGUUGCUCAAAUUUACAUUACUUUCUGGUGGCGCAGUAAAUUAAUGCCACUUUAUUGCGAUAGGAUGAAAUGUAUGUUUUAAAUAUCUGCUGCUGAGGUUGUUCCUUGCAC